ACAUACUUUUUAUGUUUGUAUGAGUGAGUGUCAAUAAGUGCAAAUGUCAGUUUUCUAAAACAAAAUUUUUUUAAAAUAAAUUAAAACAAAUAAAAUGUUAAGACCAAAAGCUCUAACUCAAGUUUUGAGUCAGGCAAAUACUGGUGGUGUUGAAAAUACUUUAUUGUUAAAUAGAGAUGGUGGUCUUUUGGCGUACAGUGGAUAUGGAGAUAAAGAUGCAAGAGUUACAGCUGCUAUAACAAGUAGUAUUUGGUCUGCAUAUGAAAAAAAUGGACGAAAUGCAUUUAAAGAAGAUGAACUUAAAUUUGUAUUAAUGGAUUGUGUGGAUGGAAAAGUUGUCAUUACCGAAGUAGCGAAUUUACUUUUAUGUCUAUAUGCAAGAGAAAAUGUAGGAUUUGGUUUAUUAAGAGAAAAAGCUCAAGCAUUAGCUAAAUAUCUCGAUCAACCAUUAAAACAAAUAGCAAAUAUGCCAUAAAUUUGUUACAAUAAUAGAAAUACUCAUUAUUUUAUUUCUUUAUUUUUAUGAAAAGAAAUAAAAUCCAAAAAAUGUAAGUUUAAUUUUUUUAUUGGAAAUAUAAUCAAAUAUUUUUUUAUUAGGAAAUAUUCUAAAUUUUCUUAAAGAAUUUGAUUAUAUUUCCAUUAGCUUUCAAAAAAAAACUAAAAAGCUUUUCUUUCUAUUCUCUUUUUUUUUGUUUAAAAAUUUUUAUGUUUUGUGUAAUUUUUUUUACACGAACUUUGUAAUUAAUAUUACAUUUGUGAUAUAAAUAUAUUUUUAUUGGAUUAAAUGAUAAA